GUAGCAAGGUGUUCCAUCACGGAAAAGAACGGAAUCACCCGAAAUGUGCUUGCUCCGCCCAGGGAUGAGGCCGCUGAUCAAGUAGGCUACAGGGAAGCAAGGAAUUUGGAGCGCGGCACACACAGUGGCAGCACGGCACGACUGCCAGGACGAUAUGCGUUCUUGAGAGAAUUUCAAUUAAAACUGUAGAUAUCUCAGCAUCUUCUUAAUGCAGGCGUACCAACACGUUUUGGACGGCAAGACACACGAAGGCAACGGACUUAGCACCCAUCAAAUGGAUUGAAUGGAACUAUGGAAAACAGGCUGUUUCGCUAACGUGACAAGUUAACUCAUCUUUCUACCUCGACUAACGUUUGUCAGGUAGCUAGUUAGCAAGCGACUUAAGUCCACAGUUGCAGAUAUCUUAGGGUUUCUUUGAUUUCAUCAUCGAUAACGCAAUUUAUUUGAGGUUCGGUUGAUUUUUUUUUUGUGAUGCACAGGCAAUUUCGACUCGAUACGGCGUGUCUCUACAAUACUCAUCAAAGAAUGCAAUGUUUUUUUCAGUGGUCAAAUAAGUUGGCUAGCUAUUUCUAACAUUAGUUAGUUGGCGAGCUAGCUAGCUAGCCAGCCAAUGAACUUGCUAGCUACGCUAACUGAGGAAUAGUAUAGGUCUACGUAGCUAUUGAUUUUGUUUUCCCUUGAGCCUUUUUUUGUUGUUAUCUCAGCCGAGACUUUUCUCCCACUGUUUAAUCUUAUGUUCGUUUGAGCUACACAUUUGGCUCAACAUUCGGUCGUUAUAUUUCACACAUCAGCAUUCGUAGUUUAUAACUUAAACUAAAACAUCUAACUCCACAAAACUCUUUGUGGUUUCGGACUUGGAAAAUGGAUGCUGGUAUAGAAAAGGAAUGCAGCGCUCUUGGGGGGCUCUUUCAGAUCAUCAUGAGCGAUAUGAAGGCCAGUUACCCUGCCUGGGAGGACUUUGUCUCUAAAGGAGCCAAGUUACAGUCCCAGCUGAGGACAACCAUCAUUGUCACAAGCUCUUUCCUAGAUGCCUUCCAGAAGGUGGCUGACAUGGCAACCAGCACCAGAGGGGCCACAAAAGAAAUCGGCUCGGCGCUGACCCGGAUGUGCAUGAGGCACCGGAGCAUUGAGACCAAGAUGAAGCUCUUCACCACGGCCCUCAUGGAUAACCUGAUCAACCCCCUGGAGCUGAAGAUCGAGGAGUGGAAGAAGGUGGCCAGUCAGCUGGACAAAGAUCACGCCAAAGAGUACAAGAAAGCCCGUGCAGAUAUCAAGAAGAAAUCUUCGGACACAAUCAAAUUGCAGAAGAAGGUUAAGAAAGGUAAGGACGAGGUGCGCGGUCAGCUGGACAGCGCCCUGCAGGACGUGAACACGCGCUACGCCGUGCUGGAGGAGACUGAGAAGAGGGCCGUGUGCAGAGCACUCAUCGAGGAGCGCGGACGCUUCUGCUCUUUCGUCAACAUGCUCAAACCCGUACUGGACGAGGAGAUCAGUAUGCUGGGAGAGGUGACCCACCUGCAGACCAUCCUGGAGGACCUGACCCACCUUACCGCAGAGCCACACAAACUCCCUCCUGCCAGCGAGCAGGUGAUUCUUGACCUCAAAGGAUCCGACUACAAUUACACUUACCAGACGCCGCCUGCAUCGCCUAGCAACACGCUGUCACGCAAGAGCAGCAUUAGCAGUAACUACCAGUCGAACUCUGUGAGGCAUGUCCCCUCACUGGACUCCAUCUCCAGCGCAGUGGAUGGGAUUCACCUGAGGCCCCCUGACUCUGUACAGGAGCCAGGAGGUGGGAUGAACAGCCAGCCGCAGUGGGGCGGACCAGAGAACGGCACAGCCAUGCCCCCACCACACAACGCCUACAGCGGGCACGGAGAGAGGGGCCGUGCACUGUCCACCUCCUCCACCAAGCCACAGUCGGCUCGUGAGCAUCUGGCCCUGACGCUGGGUGGUGGGGGCCUGAACUCGGACGCUCCGCGCACCAGCCGCGACUCUCUGCACUGCUCCAGUGGUUACAGCACCCAGACCACCACGCCCUCCUGCUCCGAGGACACCAUCCCCUCCCACGACUACGACUACAUCUCCCUGCACGGCGGCGAAGACGGCCGCAGCCCGACGGACUUCGAUAAGUCCUGCACGGUGCCGCGCAACAGUGACCUGAGUCUGCAGUACCGCAAGCUGUUCCAGAGCAAGCGGCCGGCGUCCACCGUCAGCCUCCUGGCCGACCCCGAGCCCCUGCAGUCGGCUCAGCCGCCUUCCCAGCAUGCCUUGCAGCAGCACCAGCAGCGGGCCGGCCCGCACGUGGCCACCAUCCGCCGCAAGCCCUCGUCCAAGCCCAGCUUCCGCCGCGGCACCAUCAGCGGCGGCGUGCCCAUCCCCAUCAGCACCCCCCAGGUGCCCCUGCGCCCGUCCGCCUCCACCGUGGGCCUCGGCCCGGACGACGACGGCACCGCUGGGCCCGUGGACGGUUGGGGCGGCGGCGGAGGAGGCCACCCUGAUCUGACGACCCACUCGCGCCACAGCCUGUGCCAGUCGACACAGAGCCUGAACACGGCGGCGGCGUCGCCCUACUACUCGCUGUACCCCGGGCAGCAGCCACUGGGCAACAGCACGGAGCAGCUGUACCAGCUCAACAAGCAGCAGCAGUUCGCCCUGCACCAGCAGCAGCAGAGGCAGUACCAGCAGCAGCAGCAGCAGCACUACCAACAACAGCAGCAGCAGCAGCAUCAACAGCACAUUCAGCAGCAACAUCAGCAACAACAACACAUCCAGCAGCAACAUCAACAACAACAAUAUCAGCAGCAGCAGCAUCCACAGCAACAGCAUCCGCAACAUCACCAGUAUCAACAGCAGCAGCAGCAGCAGCAGCAGCAGAUGCACUACCAGCAGCAGCAGAUGCCCCUGCCGCCAGGCUACCCCCACCAGGCUGACCACACCCUGCUCAGCGCCAAAGUCAACGCCGUGGGCCUGUCGGUAGAGAGCGGGCACGGCGCCCCAGCCCUGCCGUUACCGCUUCAGCAGCAGCAGGUUGGCGUCGGAGGCCCCGAGUCCCCUCGACGAGGGCACGAGCCCAACGGAGGCCUGCGGAGGAGGCGGCGACAUGCUGACCAUGAUCCGCCGCGGGGUCAGGCUGAGGCGGACAAUCACCAACGACCGCUCGGCGCCUGCCAUCGCCCCAAACCAUCUCAACUAGAGCCGGCGCCCGCUGGCACACGCGUUAGUGCGGAGCAGCGUGGUACCUCUACGCAACCCCUCUCAUCGCUCUCCUCCUCCUCCUCAUCCUUCAUCCUUCAUGUUCCUGGACAGAAACAUUGAGCCUUUGAAGGAGGAGGUCUGUUUCAGUAGUGUCCUCAUAAUUAAAGUCCCAAAAGGUCUAAUAGAAAUCGAGAGAGGGAGAAAAAAAACAAAGAUGUUUGUUUGGGAUUUUUAGUUUCUCUCUGAAACUGCACUGUGCUAAACAAAUAUCGUAGGUGUCAAGCAUAGACAGUCGUCCGUGUGAAUGUUGCCUCUUAUUGAUCAAUAAUUUAAAACUUGUUGGCUAUAUAUAUAUAGACCACCAGAGCUUAAGAUAUAUAUACAGUAUAUAAAUAUAAAUAUAGAAGUUAUAUGUUUAUAUUGUCAUUGAGAAAAAAUGAUGAAAAAUGGCCUUGCUUAUUUAGUCUUACCCUUGCCUCUGGUCAGAAACUGUAUAUAUUAGUGUUCUAUUGGAGAAAGCGUGUAUUGUAUUUUUUGUUUGUUUUGAUGUUUUUAUUUUAUUUUUGGUUGGUAAUAUAGCACUGGCGUCUUUUCCCAGUUAUCUAUUUUUGUACAGAAGCUGGACUGGGUAUCAAAACGACUGGAGCUCUGCCUUUGAAGCCCAACUUCGCUCAGCUGGGGUCAUGUUGCUGACCGUACAGGCGAGCACAUGAGGUGCUGAAGGCGCUGAGCAAGAAGGAGAGAAAGCCUGACGGUCAAAAGAUGCGAUUUAGUUGGACAAUGAGAGUGAGAGUUUUUAAAGUGAUUAAAAGAGGCAGUUUUGUGUGUUUGGACAGAGACAAAGCCAGUGGUCUGCACUCAGCACACUGCCCCCUGUGGUUAGGAGGGCUUAUUUCAACUCGGACCAGGGGCAAGCCUGUUCUUUUGAAUGUGUUCUGUUCAUUUUUAGUUCUAAUUUUAUUUUAUUGGCUUCGUGGCAUCCUCCCUGACAAAUCGUUUCAGGUAAAGAGUUUUCUUAUGUUGUUCUCUAAGUGCUUUAUUCCAGGGGUGUCAACGUCCUGUUCUCUUAAUUGAAUGUGGUGCUAUUUUGAGUUUUGUUCUGUUUUCAGGCCGAGCUGUCAAAUAGCCAAAUCAAUUUCAUGAAGUUCCAUACAUGUCCUUUUUUUUCUGUGUAUGUAUUUUCUGGAGGCUGUUGGGACACAUUUUUUUUUUUAUUAAAAAAAAAAAAAAAAAAAAACUCCCUAUGUCUGCCCCUUGGCCCCUCUUUGAAGUAAACGGUUCUCACGUUCUAAGCUGGUUCUUGAAAGCGGGGUCUGUGUUGGAGGCCUAUGCACUGCUCCUCCAGCAGCCGUGAGGCCACGUUGAGGCUGCGCUGACUAAGGAAGUGGCCUUCCUCUGACACACUCCCACUGGCCAAUGAGAAACCCCUCUGACCUGUACACACACAGGCUCCUUCUCCCAACCUGGCAUCUCAUCCCCGCGGACACACAGUCAGAGGUGCUCAAACACACACACACACACAUCGAGCGCUGUGGCGGAGGGUCAGGCGCGUUGUUCACAACCUUCUUAGUUCUUUUUGUUUUUAUCAUGACUCUUAGUUGCAUCAAUGUUAUUUUAUUUUAUACUGCCUUUGCUCUUUUAAUUUUGUUUGUUUUUAGUCUUUUGCUCUUUGCUGUUUACUUGUUUAUUGCAUUUGAGAUGAAGCCCAGCUACUGAGGGCCCUCUCUUCUUCAGUAAAUAAAUUCCAUUUGAUCGGAGAUCCUCACCGGUAUCAAGCGA